CUAUACAUACAACGCUAGGCGGCAUGCAGCGUUUUUUCCCUUAUUUCUUUUUGUGCACACCCACCCGCGCAACCGCCGCUUAGCGUACACCGUUUUCGCCACCGCCUCGUUUUAUUUUACACCGUGCGCGUUUGCGAGUGUAUGCGUGCGUUUAGCGUGCAACGCUGUCGCGGUUUCGGGACGCCGCUGCCGUCACCGCCGGAGUUACGUACCUCACGAAUUUUCGAUUUAUUGUUAUUGCAGUUCGAGUGUGUUAUCGUUUUUCGCGAGAGGUGGCCGCCGUCAAUGAUCAUCACCUAAUACUCAUCUUAAACUACUCGACUACUCAAGUUCAGAGUCUCUGGUAUCAAAAGGACACAGUGGAUAGAUAAAUUUUCGACGGAUAAUAGGAAAUCAUUUUGAUUGACACAAUGAAUAUUUACCAAAACGUUUUGCCUGUAAUUUCAAAAAAUGAUUUGACAAGCCGAAAAAGAUAUAAUAUGUAGACUGAUAUGCUGAAAGAAAUUCGUAGUCCAGGAUUGGUGGCCGAUCCCGAGCACGGCAGCAACUGUGUUUGUUGCGCUGGUUGCGGUAGAUCCAUUGACGAUCGGUUCUAUCUCUCUGCCGUAGAUAUGUGCUGGCACAUGGGAUGCUUGCAAUGUGCCGAGUGCAAGAUACCACUAGACACCGAGCUGACAUGCUAUUCUAGACAUGGCAACAUAUAUUGCAAACAGGACUACUUCAGGUUAUUUUCAAUUAAACGUUGUGCACGAUGUCAAGGAGGCAUCAGUGCCUGUGAUCUAGUAAUGCGUGCUCGGGAUCUCGUUUAUCAUGUCGAAUGUUUUGCAUGUUAUGCGUGUGGGGCUGUUCUGUGCAAGGGUGACUACUACGGAAUACGGGAUGGAGCUGUUUAUUGUCGACUAGACUAUGAGCGAUUAAAACACAGAGACAUGUGUGAGUUAGAACCUAUGUGUAGCCCCCCAAGGGCUGCUGGUCACCAUUGGCCACCUGCUCAUAAAGGAAGGCCUAGGAAAAAAAGAAACGUUCAAUUAUCGCCAAUAACGUCCGAGUGCAAUGGUCUCACUGAACUCAAUGUCCUCAGACUCCCACAAUCAACUCUAGAAGUCAUGCAAGCGACAGAUCUGUCGUCUUCGAUGGAGUCGUUGACAUACGAGACGUCGAGUUUGUCAUCGCCCACCAACUCAUCGACAGUCAGUGGAAUGACACAACAACAGCAACAGCAAGCACGGACGAAGCGUAUGCGAACAUCAUUCAAACAUCACCAGCUGCGAACUAUGAAGUCAUAUUUUAAUAUUAAUCAAAACCCAGACGCCAAAGAUCUGAAACAACUAGCUCAGAAGACUGGCCUCUCCAAACGAGUCUUGCAGGUUUGGUUCCAAAAUGCUCGAGCAAAAUGGCGAAGAAAUAUAAUGCGACAGGAAAACAACCAGUUGGUGGCUAGUUCAAUUUCAGGACAAAACCCAACAACACCAUCAGAUCCUGACCUCAUUCGUGGGCAUACGCAGGGAACUCAAGGUCUAAACUUUGUUGACUUGUUCUAGACUGGGUUCAUUUACAUCAUUACUCAAAAAUAAUGAUCAAAUUGAAGUAUUGUGUUAGUUUAAUAUUGAAAAAAAAUAAUGAAACUAUAUUUUAAUGUUCCUUAAUCGAAACAAAUACUUCUUCGCAUAUUAUGUACAUAGAAUUAUUAUUACAUUAUGGACUAUGUACGAAAUAAUUAUAUUGUAACUUUAUAUUGAACUUGUAUGUAACUCAUGUUUAAAUGAUAUGAUUUGAGUUUGUUGUUAUCUUUGUAGCUUUAUAAAUAGCUUUUAUGGUGUUAUUUCAGCAAACUGCAAGAAAAACUGUAUUCAUCCUCUAGAUCCUUACGUUUUAUGAAAAUUCAAAAGUAAUAUAACGAUUGAACCUAAAAUAAAUACCACUAUAAUGUUUUUAUUAAAUUCAUUUUAUAUAAAAUAUUUCAAAAGCAAUUCUUAAUCUUGCUCAAUAACUUCAUAUCUAAAUAUGUAUGUAACAUUUGUGUAACAAUUAAUAACAAUAUUAUCAACUCUUUAAAUUGUUUUAUUGCCAAAAGGAACAAUAAAUUACUAACCAUUACUUAUUCUGUUAUCCUUGGGUAUUUUUGAUUGACAUAUAUUGAUUUUGUGCUAUCAAUAAGAUACCAUAAAAAGAAACCCCUAAUGUUAAAAUAUUUUUUUAUUGUAGUCAUUACAACAAGUAUUAUUGUUUACAAAGUUAUCCAUCUACGUUUAACACGUAUGCUAUAAUUUAUCGAAAAUUGAUCUUGUAACAUUCUAGUCAAGUUAUUAUUGUUUAAACUUACUACAUUUAGUUUGUAUUAUCACUUUGAAAAAAAAACUAUUGUGUACCUAUUAGUAGCUAUAAAAAUAAGUAUAGAUUUAAUAUUUGUUUUUUUUUUUUUGAUAUCUUAAUUCAUGAUUUUUGUAAAAAAAUGAUGAUAUUAAUGCAGACGAAUUUCUUUGUUAAAAGUAUAAAAAAAAAUUCUUAUGCGUAUACAAGUGUUAUAAAACAUAAUAUAUUG